CGUGAAGCCAAUAGAGGGAGGGGAGUGAGAAAGAGAGGGAAAGAUUUCGUUCUCAGACCUCAGAAGCGACCCGAUGGCCGCCGAAACCGGUUGAUUGUACGUUGCUGCUCAACUCUGUUACUUUUUCGUUCGUGUAGUGUCUGCGAUCGUGUAUUGUUGAGCUCAGAAAGCAGUGGUCAACGUAGUCGUUUCGUACCCUAUAACUGUUUGGUGGUGUGCCCUUAGUGCACAUAUACUUUGACAUUUUAUUUUCGUUUCCCACCACGUUUCAAGAAUUCACUACCCCGCUGAAAUCAUCAUGCAGAGUCAGGGAAGUGGCUUACCGGAGUCUCGGUACGGUAUGAGCUACUCCCACAGUGCCUUGACAGGGGAUGGGGUAGACCUUUACGGUCAUGGACCAGACCCCUACGUCUUGCAGCACCAACACCACAUUGUUGGGCAUGGUGGACCGCCAGGGAUGAGCCCAACAGGCCACAUUGGGAUGGGCUCGCCAGGCCAGCAUCACCAAUCUAAGAGAUCGGCUGAAGUGGCUGGACUCAACCUCAAGCAGGAUCCCAUGGUGUCUGACGUCACCAUGUCUACAAUCGGAAUGGGUCACAGCACCAUGGAUGAUGGAGGAUCUGGAUCUGGUGGUCAAAAUGGCUCGCAGACCAAAAAGACUCCACCACCCAACGGCAAGAAGACCAAAGGUCGUGUGAAAAUCAAGAUGGAAUUCAUCGACAACAAGCUGAGGAGGUACACAACCUUCUCCAAAAGAAAGACAGGCAUCAUGAAGAAGGCCUACGAGCUGUCAACACUGACUGGGACCCAAGUGAUGUUGCUAGUGGCUAGUGAGACAGGACACGUCUACACGUUCGCCACACGCAAACUCCAACCGAUGAUCACGUCCGAAGCCGGGAAGCAGUUGAUUCAGACGUGUCUCAACUCACCUGACCCUCCAUCCAGCACGGUGGACCAACGGAUGUCGGCUACGGGCUUCGAGGAGACGGAGCUGACGUACACGUUACACGACGAGGACCAGAAAGACAGCGAAUCGGAUGAUGGAGAUGAUGCGGCUUCGUCGGAUGCGCCAAGUCGGAGCCCAUCGCCCGCCGAUCUCGAACGUUCGUCCUAUUCGCCCGAUGUUUCCAGCAUGGAGCCUUCGAGGCCUAAUUUAUCUGUUCACCAUCCAAUGACGACGACUAGCCAAUCGUCUCGGAUUCUCAAUCAUCCGUCAGGAUCUAGAGGAUCUUCUGGAGGAGUGGCCGGUCGUAGCACUGCAAUUACAGAGCCGUCGGCUGGCCAGCAGCACCAAACGGCGUACGCGAAUGGAUCGCGUCAUGCAACUCCUUCAACGGCUUCUUCAACUUGUGGCAGUGCCACUAUAACUUCUUCUUCUUCUCCUUCUUCUUCUUCCGCCACGACUAACCAUCACCAUCACGCCAAUUCGAAUAGCGGCGGCAAGAACAACGCCGCUGCUCCGGCUCUCGUUUCAUGUCCAGUCAAUUUGACGCCCAGUCAAUUUGCCAGUCUCGCGGCCAACUUGCCCGCUCUUUCGGGUUUGUCGCUGCCUCAUUUGCCCCGUGGUACUAAUUUUGCUUCCCUAUUAGCCUCAGCUUCGUCUCUGCUUACGGGUGUCGGUGGAGUCGGUGGAGUCCUAGGUGGAGGUAUGGGAACGGCUGCCGUCGCGUCGUCCAAAUCUACUGCGUCAGCAGCAGAGACGGCCCAGGCCGCGUCCAACGCACGCAAACAUCUACCGCGACUCAUUUCUUUAGCUCAUGUGGGAGCGGCCUUACAACAGCAAUCCAACUGUGCCAAAGACGCCAUCAUCAAGUCGACGACGAGUCUGAUGGUUUCUGAUCAAAAGAGCGAUAAUCUCGCUGGCUCUACCAGUAAUAAUAGUAGCCAUUCGGCCCUCAAUUUGCGGACGGCAACAACAACAUCAACCGCAAAUCGAGACAAAAAAGGAGGUGGCACCAAAAGCCGUGCUGCCAAGAAGACUAAGAAAUGAUAGCAGACGAGCAGUAAAAACGAUGAAAAAUAAAGACGAAAAAAAUUGAUAAAGAAUUGAUAAAGAUCAUCGGGGACCCACGAAAAAAUAAAAAAGGCCUUCCGGAUGGUCCCCAUAAGCUCCUCCCUAUUUCUCAGCGACAUCGGAACGGAGGCGUAGCCUAUCGUCGUUGUGUGUUCUCUUUCAUGUGCCUUACUUAAUGAAGCAAUUUAUUAUUAUUGUUUAUUAUUAUCACGAUUUACCCAUAGAUGAUGACGGUGUUUUGAAUGCAAAUAAUUACCGAUUGUCAGUUUUUGUCUGCAGUAUUUUUUUUUUACUAUUAUUACUUCCUCAUUUAAAAUGUGACGGCGAGCCAAAAAAAAAAAUCAUUGUUAAAAUGAUGGGAUAUCGCUGUGUGCAUUAUCUUUUUUUUUCUUCUUGUUUUGCGUGUCGUGUGCGAAUUUCUUUACGUGUAUCAUUUCUUUUGUAGCAUUUUUUUUUUUUUGUUUUGCUUGUUUGUUCAUUUCUUCUUUUAUUCUACUGAUUGCGUGAACAUGUAGUUCCCAAAAGGAAACAGAGCCACCCCGAAUCGGACCCUAAAUUAUUCUAUUGUGCAAUUUCAGAAAGAUAAAAAAAAAAUGAUUUAAAAAAAAAAAGCAAAAGAACAAACAAUAAACCGCAACACAAUGAAA